AUGGCGAGCCAGCGAUCAACCCAGUACAGCGCCGCACCCCGCUUCAGCGGCACACCACGCUUUACCGUCGCACCCCGCCUCACCGUCACACCACAAAGCCAACCCGGCCCAUCCCGCUCCCAUGCUUCGGCAUCGGGGCCCUCACCCCCCGUCUCGCGUGCCACCCAGCUUGGUCUCGGAUUAGCAUCUCGGGGUCCUAGCAGCAGCAGUAGUACUAGCAGGGGCUUUGCCUUUGGUAGAGGUGCUGCGGGCCUGGGGAAAGCUGGGCUUGGUGGCAAGGGCAAGGGUGCGCUGAAACGCCAUGUCAAAAUUCAGCGGGAUAGUAUUCAUGGGAUUACCAAGGGCGAUAUUCGACGACUCGCACGCCGCGGCGGCGUCAAGCGCAUCUCCGCCAUCGUAUACAGCGAUGUGCGCCAGGCGCUGAAGGACCGAUUGGCAUUGAUCCUGAGAGACAUCUGCGCCAUCAUCGACUCCAGCGGCCGCAAAACCGUGUCCGUCACUGACGUCGUGUUUGCGCUUAGACGUCGGGGAAACCCGAUUUAUGGCUUUGAGCCUUCGUUUCUGAGUAAGCGGUGAGAGAGACAGACGUAUGUAUGUCUGUGUAUGUAGCUGGAAGCAGAGCACAUGCACUAUGAACGGCUGCGUGGUGGUAUGGCAUGAGCGUGAUACAUCAUGCUGAUCAUGCCGGGAGAGCGCGAUACGAUACGAUACCCCUGCACAUACGGGCGUUUAUGGCGUUGUAAUGAUGGGAUAGUGAUUCUCAAGCAUGGCUUUACGCGAUGCGUUCACGGUGGAGGACUCCAAGAAAUAUUAAAGUCAGCCAAAUUGAUGGCGAGUAACCACACUCUAAACUAGUAUUCACAAUCAAUACGAC